AUGGAUCUGAAAAAGGUCUCCGUUAAAUCUUUAGCGUUGGAGUUGAAAAAUGAAGUUUCUGCGGAACGAUUGAUUCAAAUACUUCAGCUUUUUGACGCGGUCUCUCCCGUUCCCUCAAUCGAUAUUACUUGUUUUCUGCGAAAUGUUCUGGAAUUUGUCUUCCCGGUCUAUUGGAAAACCACGAGCAAUCUAUACUUGCAAAAAUGCCUUAUUCACACAGUUUCCGGAUUCCUUGGAUUGAAAACUCUUUGUUUAACGAUUGAACGUCUCUGUGCUGAGAAAAAUGUUGCAGUGGAAAAAUUGAAACUUUAUAUUGAUGUUCUGCAAGUUGCUUUUAAGAAGUUUAAUCUUUCUCAGUGCUCUACGCGGCUCAAUAAGCUACAGGACAGUAUGCAAAAAGACGAGCUCAUGAAUGAAGUUUCAUUUUUUUUUGGUUCCUUUAGAAUUCCCAGUGCAAUUUCUCUAGCAAUAACGAAAAUACCGCAGGACGAUCAAUACAAAAUGUUGUAUUUGGACCCUAAGAAAUAUGCAAUUUUACUUGCACAUCAUUUCUCCCAAUUAUUCGAACACUCAACUUCUAAAAAUAUUGUUCUUUGGAAUAGAAUGUUCGAUAUGCUGGUACGUUCUGCUCAUGCCAGCCUAUUUGUUGAACACAUUCUUCCUUUAUUCUAUUCUUUCAAUGGUAAAAUUCAAUUAUUUGUUGGAAGCUUGAAUGCUAAUGCCCGUUAUCAUCUUAUAACGCUCGUUUUAAAACUCAUGUUAAACCAACAACUUGAAGAUGGUAUGGAAUCUGAUGGCAAUUAUCCUUUUGAAAAGCUUGGUCAACCCAUUGGUUCAAUUGCAACAGUAGUGCGUCUGCAUUUCCCACCAAAAGAUCUAAUUGAGUGGUUAGAACUGAAUUGGAUGAACUGUACAAAUCUAUCACUACAGCGCUUGAUUGUUUUAUGUGCUUCAUCGCUUCCUUUCGAAAAUGAUAACAACUUGAGAACUUGUCUUCUUGAAAAAUUACUUCGUGAGUGGUCAACAAAGUACUUUAUCAAUCAUGUUCCACUUUUCUCUCAAAAAACCCUAACUAUUUUUCUUAUCCUUCUCCUUAAGCAUUCUGACGAAGUUGUUUUGCGUCGCAUAGCUAUGCUGUUUAUGGAAAUGAAAGGUGUAGAAAACCGUUUAGAAUCACUCGAUGAUGAAGUACGAAUCCAAGGAAUGACAAUAGCUGAGUUGCUUUCAACUCAUUGUUUUGCCGCCGACGACAGACCCUUAAAAUUUGAUGUUCCUAUCAUGAACACGAAAUCAGCUUUGUACUACAAAGCUCUUGCAAGUUUGAACGACAACUUUCAGAAUCCUGUUUCAAAACCUAUUGGUCUUGCAGUAAAAGAAACUCAUUUUUCAGAAGAAAGAACAGGAAAAAUGGAAAGUUCCGCAACUGAUAUUCCCUUCACAGAAAAGCAGCCAUUAAGUACCGAAGAGUUAGAACCUUAUGACUUACCUGAUUCUGAUACUGAAGAUUCUACUGGUGAAAAAGUCAGUAAACCCGUAUACAUCCAGAAACUGUGCGAGUUGUUACAAGACGGCGAUUCGUAUGAAAAGCAAAAAGUUGCUCUUGAUUCUGCGACUGAACUCAUUAAAAGAAAAACACAUUUUGGUACAGAAGUCGUUGACCACUGUAUUCGUUUGUAUAAAUUAUUACUAGGGUUACAAGAUAGCUUCAACUUGCCAGACUUUUUUACGAAAAGGUUGAAAGCCAUCAGUUACUUGAUUUAUGCCGCACCAGAAAAAUGUGCGCCUACCGCUUGUUCUGACAUCUUUGCGGCUGAUUUAUCGCUUCAACAGCGAACUAUAAUUCUCUCAAGCAUUUCGUACGCAGCCGUUUUACUUUCUGAAGGCGACGACCCUGCUAUAUUUCCAUCCAAAUUGCUACCUCAACAUCUGCACACUCAGUAUUUCACCGAAAACUUGGAUCUCUUAACGGGUGAUCUUAAAAAUCUUACGCUGCCAGAAGUAGAAAAAACAGAAAAUCUUGUGUCUGACAACCUCAAGCUAUUAUCUACUCGUGUUAUUUCUCACCAGUCCGAAAUUGAAGCCAAAAAACGUUCACCUAAGCAGAACAAGAUGUUUAGACUUCUGGAGGUAAACACAUUUUUCCUGUUGACAAACGGUUUCUCCCUAUCAAUGCGAGCUUCCAAAUCCAAGGAACCUCUAUUCUUAACAUCACUUCUUAGGACAUUGGGUAUCCUAUACAUAAAAGCAGCAACCUCUGGAUAUCCAAACCUUUCACAAAUGACGGGCGAAUACUUUAAUGUGCUGAAGUCAUGUUCUCAGCUGGGUCUUGAUGACUCUUCGUUAAAAGAAGCCAUAUUGUAUGGAGUAUUGUCCAUAUUCGAUACCACACCUGGGUACUUACUAUGCAGAGACUAUUCUCGAGAAGUACUUGCAUUCCGUCAAUAUGCUGAACUGAUGAAUGAAUCUAUUUAUGAAAAGGAAGAUGUACAUGCGGCGGCAAGACACAUAUUGAUUAAGUUUGAACAAUUUAAGGAAGAUUACAAAACAUUGGCAAUUGAAAAUGUUCUUUCAGCUUCUGAAGUGCUUUCAAAAGGUCGUUUUGGCCUUGCUGGCCUUUAA